AACAGAGUCUAUCUGAGGAACAGGCAUGAGCUCUCAGUUUAGGACUCAGCCCUUGACAAAGGUGGACAAAUCCUAUGCUGCAGAUGAAGGAGGGCUUCGGCUGUUUGCUGCUGCAGCUUGAUUGGACACUGAGGGACUGUUGAAACAAUCCUCCUCUGCAGAGACAUCAUCACAGCUGGAACAUUUUCUUUCUGCUCUUUACAGAGAAUUGAUUCUGACAGCAGGUAAAGGAAAUAAUGUGAAGAAGUCCCACUGAUAGAAUAACGGACAAACACAGGGGAAAUGUGGACUGACUCUGCCUGGUGAGGACUUGGAGGGAAACGUGCCAGAAAGCCAAGAGAUAGAAGGAAGCAGAGACGAGCGAUAUCAUCUUGGUUUGGGUGCAGCAGGACCGUGCUAUGAUUCUCCCUGUGGUGGUCUUGCUGGUGCUCCUGGUGCUCUCUGGACCCUCUAUCCAGGGAGACACUCAGGAAAUGGGGAACAGUGAUGAGAUCCUAGACAGAGAGUUUAUCUACGCGCCAAAACGGCAAAAACGUGCCAUGGUCGACCACAGCGCUGUCCAAACAGACAAGUGCUCCUAUACCUUCAUCGUCCCUCAGCAGAAAAACAACGGCGCCAUCUGUGUGAACUCCAAGGAGCCUGACGCCCUGCUGGAGAAUCGGGUCAACAAGCAGGAGCUGGAGCUGCUCAACAGCGAACUGCAGAAGCAGCGACGGCAGAUCGAAGCACUGCAGCUGUUGGUUGAGGUAGACGGGGGUGUGGUCAAUGAAGUCAAGCUGCUACGCAAAGAGAGCCGCAACAUGAACUCCAGAGUCACACAGCUCUACAUGCAGCUGCUGCAUGAGAUUAUCCGCAAAAGAGACAAUGCUCUUGAGGUAUCACAGAUGGAGACCCGCGUGCUCAACCACACAAAUGAGAUGGGGAGGCUAGCUGCACGCUACCGUGACCUGGAACACAAGUACCAGCAUCUGUCAGCCCUCGCAAGCAACCAGAGUGCUCUCCUGGUGCAGCUGGAGGAGCGCUGUAAGCGGGGAGGAUAUUCGUACAGCGUGGUGCAGGAGAGGAGCCGUCCUGUCCGUCCACAGCCUCCUGUGAUCCCUCAACCUCCUCUGCAGAGGCCUGCAGUGUCUCCUGGAGGCUAUAGACCCUACCAUCCACCUACCUUCACCCGUCACGCCAGCAACCCCAUGACCAAUGAGAUACAGAAUGACCAAAACUCCAAAGCAUUACCGCCUCCACUGCCCACAAUGCCAAGCGCUGCAUACAGUUUCACAAACGGGCCGUCUGGCCCUUUUAAAGACUGUCUAGAGGCUCUGGAGGACGGAUACACCACCAGCGGCAUGUACCUCCUGAAACCAGACAAGGGCAACCAGCUCAUGCAGGUUUGGUGUAACCAGAGACACGACCCUGGUGGAUGGACUGUCAUUCAGAGACGUCAGGAUGGCUCUGUCAACUUCUUUAGGAACUGGGAGACAUACAAGCAAGGGUUUGGAAACAUUGAUGGUGAAUACUGGUUAGGACUAGAGAACAUCUACUGGCUGACCAACCAGGGCAACUACAAGCUGCUGGUGACCCUGGAAGACUGGACUGGACGCAAGACCUUCGCAGAGUACGCCAGCUUCCGUGUUGAGUCUGAGGCCGACUUCUACAGACUGCGAGUGGGUCAGUACCACGGCAACGCUGGAGACUCUCUUACCUGGCACAACAGCAAGCAGUUUACCACACUGGACAGAGACCAUGACGUCUACGCAGGUAACUGCGCCCACUACCAGAAGGGAGGUUGGUGGUAUAACGCCUGUGCUCACUCCAACCUGAACGGUGUCUGGUACCGUGGUGGGCAUUACCGCAGCCGUUACCAGGACGGGGUCUACUGGGCCGAGUUCAAAGGGGGAGCUUAUUCUCUGAAGAAAGUGACCAUGAUGAUACGACCCAAUGCAAACACCUUCCAUUAACACUUCAGUCAAACCUGAACAGAUUUUAGAGGACAAACAUUUCCACAAAAGGGAUUUAAUUUUCACUGUAUAUCACAAAAACAGGCAUCAACAGGCAUUGAUCUGAGUCUCAGUCUUCACUUUUUUCUGUUUGUUGCCUUACUGUAUAUUGCUAAGGUAUCCAUCAUACAGUGACACAACAGGAUCCAAGACGAAUUCUGUUGUACUUUCUUACUCCUUCAGGUACAGUUUUACUUAUGUUUUACUUUAUGUGCAGAAUUAAAUCCAUAUUGCAUUAAUUACAUAUUAAUGCAAAAUAGUAACAAAGGAAUUAUUGGUGCUAGUGCAUAUAUAUUAUGUAUAUACAACAUAUAUUGGGAUCAAUUCUACAGGAGAGACAUCUGGUUAUUUAUUUUGAUACGGUUUUCUAGAGUGUUUCAGUAUAUCUGCCUAAUCUGCCGGGGUCAUUCUAUUUGGAUUUGAAAUAGUUAGUUAAAAAGGUUGAAGGCCUUCUGACUUAAUAAGUGAACAGAAAAGUUCAACAUGCCAAAAAACCUUCAUCAGUUCAUCUUUUCUGGAGUCCAUACAACAGGACUGUGGACUGCACAGCUGCCUGUAUCACUGAAUACACUAUGCAUGAUUCUUGAACUAAAUUGCAUGUGUGUAUAUAAUGAUUCUACAGUGCUUGACUAAGUCUUAAUAGUAACAUAAGUGAGAUAUGAGGUUGCACGGACAACUGUCUUUGUCUCCACUGAUGCUGCAGAAACGGACCCGUCGCUGCAUCCUGAUCAGCCAUUGAUGGGAAUCAGAAUCAAUGUGACAUUUUUGAAGAUCUCACUAACUUUACAGUUAUCCUUUUUAUGCUUAGAAAUGUAUCCAUGUUUCAAAAAGACAAUUUCUCCCUAGCAUGAGACCAUGAUGGGACACUGUAACUGAGUGAGUUUUUUUAAAGAACAGGUCAAAAUUUUGCACUUGUCUGGUGGUCUUUGGUUAGUAAGUUGGAGUCAGGAUGUGGUUGGCUUAGCUGAGCAUUAAGAGGGGGGAAUAACCAGACUGACUGACCAAACUUGUUGUUAUGUUGCACCAAGAAAAAGCCCAAGCAGAGGAAGUCUUUUUUACAGUUACAGCUCUGCUGUUUGGGUACGAACACAGCUGGUUUAUCAGUGAGCUUCAGAGGUGCUGGUUGGUGUAUUUUUAACCCCUGGACAGACCCAUACUAGCCGUUUUCCCCGCUUCCUGUCUUUAUGCCAAGGCAGACCAACCAUGUCCUGACUGACUUUCUGAGCUAUUUUCCAAUGCUACCAGCUCCAAGGUUUUCCACCACAUCUAUGGAAUCUGGAUAUUGUGAAUUACAUAAAAGCUUUGAAAUGUUUACAGAAUUUACUCAAUUUUACUAAAUCAAAAAACAAUAAAUUAUGCAAAUAUGAUUUCAUUGCAGGUUUACCAGGUAAAAGUUACAGUAAACAGAAACAGACACCAAAAAGUACGACUAAGUUAUUCCCUCUACCCACCAAAGGUUUCCUGGUCUGUUGAAAGGAUCAGUCACUGUAUUAGUGUGCAGAUACAGUAUGUACCAGGUACUCUGUGUGUGUGUAUAUGCUGUUUUGUUAAGAUUAUUUAUAGUCUGUAUGUUACCGAUCUUGCAAUAAACUAUGUACA